AUGGUCGCCGAGCCCCCCUGCUACACCGUCGUCAAUGAGGCGAUUGGCGAGUAUCCAUCCGCGUCGGACCUCCGCAAUUCGCUGCAAAAGGGCUCGGACGAGGUCAAGAUUGACACCUUGAAGAAGAUCAUAGUAUCGACCAUCAAUGGCAACCCACAGGCGCGUACAUACCCGACGUUGUUGAUGCCCAUCAUUCAAUAUGUGCUGCCCUCGAAGAACAAGCAUCUCAAGAAGUUGCUGCACUUCUAUUGGGAGGUAUGCCCGAAAUAUGACGAGACCGGCAAGCUCAAGCAGGAGAUGAUCCUUGUCGUCAAUGCGAUCCGGAAUGACCUGCAACAUCCCAACGAAUACAUCCGCGGCGCGACCCUCCGCUUCCUGCAGAAGAUCGCCAAGGACCAGGAGCUCCUCGAACCCCUCAUCCCCACAUGCCGCUCCUGCCUCGAGCACCGGCACUCAUACGUGCGCAAGAACGCCGUCUUCGCCGUCUACUCCAUCUACAACGAGUUCGAGCACCUCAUCCCCGAUGCCCCCGAGCUCAUGUCCACCUUCCUCGUCGCCGAGUCCGACUCGACGUGCAAGCGCAACGCCUUCGUCUUCCUCGCACACUGCUCGAUGCCGAAGGCGGUCGAAUAUAUACUCAGCAUAUACGACUCGAUUCCUUCGCUGGACGAAGCACUGCAAAUGGCCAUUAUUGAGGUCAUACGAUUGGACUGCAAGUCAGAGUCAGCAAACAGGUCCCGUUACAUUAGAUGUAUAUUCGAGCUGCUCAACGUCUCAUCACACGCCGUCAAGUACGAAGCUGCUACGACCCUCACGACUCUCACCCAGAACCCUGCCGCGAUCAAAGCUGCCGCCUCUUGCCUUGUAAACCUCAUCGUGAAGGAGUCCGACAAUAACGUCAAGCUCAUCGUGCUCGACCGUCUCAACAAUCUUCGCGCACGACAUGGACAUGUUCUUGACGGCUUGGUCAUGGACGUUCUGCCAGUCCUCUCUAGCAGCACCGAUAUUGAAGUCCGCCGCAAAGCCAUGAGCAUCAUCCUGAGUAUGACUUCGAGCCGCAACGUCGAGGAGGUAGUCAUGUACCUGAAGAAGCAGCUGCAGAAGACGCAGGAGGUUGACUUCGAGAAGGCUCCCGAAUACCGCCAGCUCCUCAUCCAGUCCAUCCACGUCACUGCCAUCAAGUUCUCCGAGGUCGCCGCCAGCGUCGUGCACUCCCUCAUGGACUUCCUCGGUGACACCAACAACCCCUCCGCGCUCGACGUCGUCGCCUUCGUGCGCGAGGUCGUCGAGAAGUUCCCCGCGCUCCGCCCCUCCAUAACCACGCACCUCGUCUCGACGCUCCCGAGCAUCAAGUCUGGCAAGGUCUUCCGCGGCGUGCUCUGGAUCCUUGGCGAGUACGUUGCGGAGGUGCCGGACAUCCAGGCGACGAUGCAGGAGGUGCGCAAGGUGCUGGGCGAGAUUCCGAUUUUGGCGUCGGAGCAGCGGGCGCUGGAUGAGGCUGCGGGGACAGUGGAUGCGGAGGGUGGCGAAGAUGCGGAGGAGGGCGUGAAGACGUCGACGAGGCCAAAGGUGUUGGCGGAUGGCACGUAUGCUACGGAAACGGCUUACUCGACCGCUGGACCCUCGAGCGUGCCGAGCACUAAGUCGAAGCCGCCGUUGAGAGCUCUCAUCCUCGGUGGCGACUUCUUCACCGGCGCCGUACUUGCUGUCGCGCUCACAAAGCUCGUCCUACGCUUCUCCGAGCUCAGCGAAGAUAAGGAUGCGCUCAAUGGGCUGCGCGCUGAAGCGAUGCUCAUCAUGGCAUCCGUCAUCCGCGUCGGGCAGUCCAAGUUCGUGACCGUACAGAUCGACGAGGACUCGAACGAGCGCAUCAUGCAGUGCAUUCAGACCCUCAGCGAGCUUGAGGACGAGAAGGCCGUGCACGAUAUCUUCCUCCGCGACUCGCAGACGGCGUAUACGCGCAUGCUCGGUGCGCAGGAGAAACGCGCAGCGGAAGCGAAGGCGGCGGAGUCGGCAAAGCCUGCGGUUGUGCAGGUGGACGACCUGAUCACGUUCAGCCAGUUCUCGAAGAAGGCGGCGGACGAUAUCAUCGAUGAUGAUGAGGAUGUUAUUCGGGCGACGGGUGCGGGCGAUGUCCAGGAGGACUUCAUCUCGAACCUUAGCAGGAUAUCGCAGCUGACUGGCUUCUCCGACCCCAUAUACGCUGAGGCAUAUGUCAAGAUGCACGGAUUCGACAUCAUCCUCGACGUCCUCUUGGUCAAUCAGACCGCCAACACGUUGCAGAACCUCUGUCUUGACUUCGCAACCCUUGGCGACCUCAAGAUCGUCGAGCGACCUGCGGUAUACACCAUCGGCCCGCAUGGCUUCCAGAGCAUCAAGGCGACUAUCAAGGUUUCCUCGACAGAAACUGGUGUCAUCUUUGGUAGCAUCCUCUGGGAGGGCCCGAACUUGGCGGAGUCAUGCGUGAUCUUGAACGACAUCCACAUCGACAUUAUGGACUACAUCAAGCCCGCGUACUGCAACGAAGCACAGUUCCGUAGCAUGUGGACCGAGUUUGAGUGGGAGAACCGCGUCAACGUUGGCAACUCCACCAUUGACCCCCGCGACUACCUCCAGCUCGUCAUGAAGGCGACGAAUAUGUCGUGUCUGACGCCCGAGGGCGCCUUAUCCGGCGACUGCGACUUCCUCUCCGCCAACAUGUAUGCGCGAAGCCUCUUUGGCGAGGACGCGCUCGCGAACUUAAGCGUCGAGCGGACGGAGAACGGGACGAUCACGGGCCAUGUGCGGAUACGCAGCAAGACGCAGGGCAUUGCGCUUUCGUUGGGGGAUCGUAUAACGAUGGGUAAGUCCUCAGUAUGUUUACGGUAG